CAGUCCCCCCUUUCCAUGUCUCGUGUGCCUUUGACAGUUCUAGAGACAAAGAAAAUGUCGUCCAAGGUCAGCACCCUUUGCAUGGUAGCCCUCCUCCUCUUCUACACACUAACCUGUGCCACCGCCCGGCCGGAGCCCGUAUUUUCUGACGCCACUCCGAUGAAAACCCAACACGUGGAUGCUGAAGCAGAGAAGGUAAUGGAAGAGGAGAGCUGUGAAGGAGUUGGGGAAGAAGAGUGCUUACAGAGAAGAACACUUGCUGCUCAUCUCGACUAUAUCUACACGCAGAAGCAUAAGCCAUGAAAUCCAUCAUACUAUAUAUAUAUAUUAUUUAGUAUCAUUUCUGGGUUAUUAUAAUACCCUGUAAUUUCAUUUGUAAGUAAUAGCUGCCAUAUUUAGGCUCUCUUUCAAGAGCUUAGAGCUUAGUUUAUCAUUGUCUUAUAUAUAGAGAUUAUCUAGUUCUUUCAGUCUAAAUUAUGGUAGAGACACUUUGGAGAUUUCUCUUUAA